CAGUACAAAAAUAAGCGCAACCGUAGGUUAGUUUUGCGGACAGCUUCCGCUGAGCUGCUCAGUGUUCAGAUGCGCUGGUUUGGGUUCGGCUUCAACGCCUUUGGACAGAUAUGUGUCCAGGAAAAGUCAGGCAGAGGAGAAAGUAGCAGCGCGCCCCACCAAGUCAAAGUAAGUCACCCAGCAGAGCUCAGCAGUCACGUGGAUAGAAGUGGAUGCUGCUUGAAGACAAGUCAGAUCAGAGUGAGCUGGAGUCGAAGAGCAUCUUUACAUUUAGAGGGAGACAGCUGCCUGAGCUUGGCAGGUUUUGGGGAAUCGGUCUCCAGCGAGGACACUGGUAUUUCUAAAAUAGAGAGCCAUGGUUGUAAAGAUGUAUUCAUCAGUGAAUCGCACUUGACCCUGGCCUUCCCAGACAGGAUUGAGACCUGGGAUCUGCAGAAGAGGGAGAAGAGUCCAUCAUGGAGCAUGGAUAUAAAAACCGACGCAGAGGGUUCUGAUGUGAAUUUGCCAUUGGUCCCUGGAGGUUACAUUGCCUUAAAGCCUCCCUUCUACUGCACCUUACCAGGACACCUGAAAGCCAGGAGCCUAGCACUGGGUGCAGAGCAUGCUGUUCUUCUUACUGCCUCUGGAGCAGUGUACAGCUGGGGACUGGGCAGCCAUGGUCAGCUGGGGCAUGGAGUGCUCACCUCUGAGGAGGAGCCCAGAGCAGUGGAGGCACUCUGGGGGAUGCCCAUGACCCAUGUGGCUACAGGAGGCUGGCACUCAGCUUGCAUUAGUGAUGGGGGUGACCUUUAUGUGUGGGGCUGGAAUGAGAGCGGCCAGCUUGGACUUCCUUCUCGAGGUCUGAGGAAAUCUCAGCAGAAAACUAGUCAACAAACAGAAGAAUUAUGCUGUGAUACCAGCACACCACCAGAUGAAACGCUAAAGGAGGAAGAGGAGCAUGAAGAUGUGUUCAUAUCAAUCCAGGCGUUCCCCGCUCUGCUGGAUGUCUCUUCAUCAUGUGAAAUCCGAACAGUAAGCUGUGGUUCCCGCCACACAGCUGCAGUAACAACCACUGGUGACCUCUACACUUGGGGAUGGGGGGAAUACGGCCAACUGGGACACCAAACAGUAACUAGUUCGGAUGAACCGCAGCGUGUGGAGUUUUUCAGGGCUGAGCAGAUGCGUGUGCUCGAUGUGGUGUGCGGGACAUGGAACACAUUUGCUGCUGCUGUAAAGGAGGAAGUAGCUUGUGCUGAAAAUAGCACAAAAUGCACUUGUUAAAGCGCAGUGAACUUUGGACAACAGUUGUAAAUUUCUCCUACAAACACAAAGAAUUAACUAAAUUUAUUUGUUCAUUUUUUUUUCUCUAUAAAAACUCAACUCAAUACUUUUUGGUGAAACUUUUAUUUUUUCUUCAAACAGAUGUUUAAAAAGGGUUUAUAUUUGACAAAUGACAUAAAACAGUUAAGGCAGCAAAAUCCACAGGUAAAUAUAAUUUAAGGCAAGUAAUUAAAAUUGUUCUGAUUUAAAAUUAUACACUAAAAUUAAAAAGGUGCAUGCAUCUCCAAGGUCCACUGGAAGUCUUCAGAGCACAAUCUUGAAGGAACUG